AUGCCACGUCGGACGAGUCCCCCCCUACGCCGGCUGAUUCGUCGUCCGUCUCCCGGCCAUCAGGCCAAUAUCGUGGCCCUGGGUGGCGUGACCAUCUGGGCCAUCUACCAUGGCCUCGGCAAGCACACAAACGAUGUUCCCGUCUCUGGUUAUGCUCCUCCCGCAUCUCGCACCGACGCCCCCGUUGCGUACACUCAUGUCGAUGCAUGGCAUCCCAUCAUUGCGGACUCCAUAAUCUGGAUCUUCAGCACCGUCGUCAUCAAGCCUUCCGUUUUCUGGCUCUACACGCGAAGCUGUGGCGCUCUCAAGUUCAAGCGCUGGGCAUUCGGUCUCGUGGUGCUGUGCAUCUGCUACGGCGUCACCGUUUUCGUCACCUUGACGACUAGAUGCAGGCCCGUGUCUGAUUAA